AUGUCAUUCAGUCGUGGAGCGAAUACGCUAAAAGUGUCAGCAAAGCUAUUUGCUGAGAAUCGAGUUCGUCUUGUGGAAACGUUAAAGAGUGUAACAUCACCAGGAAGUGUCGUUCUUCUGCAAGGAGGAAUUGAGAAGAGUCGCUAUAACACUGACGCCGAAGAUUUACCAUUCAGACAGGAAUCAUAUUUCUUCUGGACUUUUGGUGUACACGAAAGUGAAUUCUAUGGAGUGAUUGAUGUGGACUCGGGAAAAUCAUGCCUCUUUCCACCUACUCUGGAUCCAAGCUAUGCUAUUUGGGAUGGAAAAAUUAACGACGAAAGUUGGUUUAAAGAUAAGUACGAGGUCGAUGAAGUUCAUUUCAACAAGGAAAGAAUCAUAAGUGACCAUCUUCAAAAACUCGGAGCGAAAAAGGUUUUGCUUCUGAAAGCACUAAACACUGAUAGUGGCAACAUCCUUGAACCUCCUUCGUUCCCUGGGAAAGAAUUAUUUGAUAUCGACGUGAAUAAGUUGUAUCCUGUUAUGGCUGAACUGCGUGUUUUUAAAACGGAUAGAGAGUUAGAGGUUAUGAGAUACGCCAGUAAAAUUGCCUCGGAGGCUCAUCGUGCCACAAUGAAAGCAGUACGCAAUGGUCUGUAUGAGUACCAGAUGGAGAGCGUUUUCCGUCAUACAUCUUACUACCAUGGAGGUUGUCGUCAUUUGGCCUACACAUGUAUUGCAGCAUCGGGAGACAACAGUUCAAUCCUUCAUUACGGACAUGCAAACGCCCCUAAUGAAAAGCAGAUUAAGGAUGGUGACAUGUGUUUGUUCGAUAUGGGACCGGAAUAUAAUUGCUAUGCCUCUGACAUUACCACAUCGUUUCCUGCAAAUGGAAAAUUCACCGAUAAGCAGAAAAUGGUCUACAAUGCAGUUCUUGACGCGAAUCAAGCUGUUUUCAAAGCGGCUAAACCGGGUACAGAUGAUUCAGUGUUCGAUGGACGGACAUGCACAUCCUUGCUGAAAGGGUCAUACUCACUCAUCUUAAAAAUCCCUGUCUCCAGUUUUGGUUCGGUACUGGGAGCCGUAUUCAUGCCUCAUGGUCUAGGACACUUCAUUGGACUUGAUGUUCACGACUGUGGUGGUUAUCUAGGGGAUGCCCUACCUCGAUCGAAGCUUCCUGGUCUAAAGAGCUUGCGCACAACAAGAACACUACAGGAGAGGAUGGUUAUCACAAUUGAGCCGGGUUGCUACUUCAUAGAUACACUUCUGGAUGCUGCACUAAAUGAUCCGAACCAAGCAAAAUUCCUAAUAAAGUCAGAAAUUGAUAAAUAUCGUGGACAAGGCGGGGUCCGAAUUGAAGACGACGUGGUAAUAUGGGCCAAAGGAAACGAAAAUAUGAGUGAUCUGCCAAGAACUGUAGAAGAAAUUGAACAUUUUAUGCGAAGUGGGGAAUUCAACGAUGCCACCGUACAAAAGAGCAUCAGUCAUCACUUACACAAAAGUUGA